UUCUUAAAGUGGAUUAUGUAAGUACAUUGUUUCCCUUCUUUACCUAAUCCAUUCCAUAAUUGAAUUCCACAUACUGAUUUGCUAAGUGUUUUAUGUGUUGUACAUGCAUACAAAUGUUUUAAGCUAGGAUUAAUAUGCGUUUAUAAAGCACUUUGUGGGUGGCGUGGCUAGGUUGGCAGAGCGGCCGUGCCAGCAACUUGAGGGUUUCAGGUUCGAUCCCCGCUUCCGCUAUCCUAGUCACUGCCAUUGUGUCCUUGGGCAAGACACUUUAACCGUCUGCUCCCAGUACCUCCCACACUGGUUUAAAUGUAACUUCGAUAAUGUGUUUCACUAUGUAGAGCGCUUUGAGUCACUAGAGCAAAGUGCUAUUUAAAUAUUAAUCACUUCACUUUACUUUCUGGUACUAUUUUAUGUGGCCUGCCAAAGGCUGGAAAUAAUAUGCAUUGAUAAGGCAUUUUCUAGCCAAAUUAAUUUGUUCUUUAAAUUCUGACACAAAAAAUGCAUUGCAUGCAAUUGCCCAUCUGCUAAAUGUGCCUGUAUAUUAAACAUUGAUGGCUUUUUUUGGAUGUUUCUUUAAAGAGCUUCACAGGUAAAAUAGGUCAAUCCCCAUUACCUGUAUUGUUAGCGGCCUCUUGCUUGCAAAGCAGUGUUUUUCAGUGUGCCGGAUUUAAAGUUAAAGUACCAAUGAUUGGUGUGGUAAAAUGUGUCCUCUGCAUUUGACCCAUCCCCUUGUUCACCCCCUGGGAGGUGAGGAGAGCAGUGAGCAGCAGCAGUGGCCGCGCUCGAGAAUCAUUUUUGGUGUUUCAACCCCCAAUUCCAACCCUUGAUGCUGAGUACCAAGCAGGGAGACCUCGGACACGUGUUCAGAAUGCAGCCACAUCAUCCAGCUGUCUGCUAAUAUGAUUUCCAGCAAAGAUCAUAAGGAGCAUGUGUAUGAAACCUUGCAUGCACUCUGCCAACACCUCCCAGACAAAGACGCGUCUGAAUGUGACUCUCAGAUGAAGAUGUACUUGCCCAAAAUGCUGCGACAAACACUUGGUCAAAAGGAAGUGAAAGCUACCUGUUCAGCUUUUAGGCUGUGUGCGACCAACAAGGAUAAGGAAGAGAAACGUUCCCACGGUGGCACCGUGAAAGCCGCACACACUCAUCCCAGUAAACAAUUUAACCCAGCUUGCACCCUGUGCUUGUUUAUCAUCAAGAAACUGGAGACUAUGUUGCCCCAGAAUAUGACAGAGGAUGCUUUAAUGAAGCUCAUGGGCGAGGUCUGCGAUCUCCUUCCUCAGAGCUACAAGGAUGAGUGUGAUGAAUUUGUUGACAAAUACGGCGUGCAGAUAGUAGAGUUUCUUCUUUCAUCGGCCGCUCCUCACACAAUAUGUGCGCUCCUACACGUCUGUUGGUUCAAGGACUUGCCUGCUCCAGAGGUGCCUGUCCCCUUAGACUGUGAGUCGUGCCACACACUGGCUUUGCUGAGCCGACUUCAGCUGGGUCUCAAUGCCACGCAGCCUCAAACAUCCUCUUUCCUCCAGUCUGUGUGUGGGCAAUACCCAAAUGCCAUUCCAAAGUGCGAGGCUUUCACCAGAAUCUACGGCUCUCGACUACAGCAGGUUUUGGGAAACCAGGCAGAGUACGCAGACGUUUGUGAAAGAGCUGACCUGUGCAGCACAAAGAAGUCCGACCUGCUGGGAAGUAAUCCGUGCACUUGGGGGCCAAGCUUCUGGUGCAAAGACUCAGACACAGCUCAGAAGUGUGGUAACCUGGCUUUCUGUGAGAAGCACGUGUGGAAGAAGUGAAUCGUUAAAUCACCUAAAUAUGCAUACACACAAUGUUCAACUGUGACAUUAUCGUUAGUUUUUUGAUCAUGAGUUUCGUAUUUUGUUUCUUAAGAGACUGUUUGUUCAAA